AUGGCGAGCAUAGCAAACUUUGUCGUGUUCACCCGCCGCUCAAGUGAUCCUAGUUUGGGAUGGGAGGAUAAUCCCCCAAACACUCCUGUGUACACUUACGUUGCUUCUGCCAUCAAUAUCGCCCUUUCUAUCCUGGAAAGCCCUCAUGGACGCCAUUAUCUUACCCAACUUGCUCUGAUAAUUGACCACGAGAUGGAUGAAAACUCCCACUUCCAGGGCAAUAAAGAUAUCGCAAAGCACUGGGUUGAUGUCUUUCUAGCCAAGGUGCGGGCACAGUUUCCCGUAGUCAUCGUGGACUUUACAAUGAACAACCCGAACGAGCUUGGAUGCCAUCCACGGGGGGGAUGGAUGGGACACUUGAAAGACUUCGAUCCGAGAAGCCACAUGAUAUGUAUCAAUGGACAGACAGACAGGGAUACCAUACCAAAUUGA